CUCAUAAACUUGCACCAAAGCAAUAUCUACCUUACUACCAUAUCUAACAAGAAUUAUAAACUCAUUUUGUGAGACCAUGUCAGGUGUUUGGAUAUUCAACAACGGAGUUAUACGUCUAGUGGAGAAUUCAAACCAGUCCGGUGGAGUGACGCAUGGCCGUAGGAAUGUUUUGGUUUAUUUGCCGACAGGUGAAGUAGUCUCUUCUUACUCAUCACUCGAACAGAUCCUAAUGAGCCUUGGGUGGGAGAGAUACUUCAAUGGCGACCCAAAUCUCAUCCAGUACCACAAACGCUCCUCCAUCGACCUCAUCUCCUUACCCAGAGACUUCUCCAAGUUCAACUCCGUUUACAUGUACGACAUCGUCAUCAAAAACCCUAAUAUAUUCCACGUCCGUGAUUUCCACUGAAUAAUUAUACGGAUUAAUUUUCAACAAAAAAUGUCUAGUUUGUGUUUGUUUUGUUCUAACCAAUAAGUUCCAGACAGAACUAUCCGAGUUACGUACUGGUCAGAGAGAAUAUGUGUGCAGCUGUCUGAACUCGAGAAACAAAAUCGAUGGUUAUUGUAUUAUCAUCAGUACUUUGUUUUUGUUUUCAGUUUGAGUCAUCGCUUAGUUUGUUUUUAUUUGUUAAUAUGUCUUUUAUUGUUGGGAUUGGUUUUGAUUUAUUUCGGCACGUUUGUUGCACAUGCAUGCUUCUAUCUUCUUCAUCACGUUUAAUACUAGUGUGCCAAAAAGGUGGCACAUUAUUUGUACUACUGGCACAUUAUUUGUAGCGGUCGUUUACUUGGCUUUUUGGGGUUUAAGCUAUAUCUAUGCUACACAUUAUU